UGAAAAAAGCUUCACUUUUUUACUCAUAUUGUUUCAUAUUCUUUCCCUUUGUGUGAAGCUAAAACAAUAUGAGCCAAAUGCUCAUUUCAUAUCCCUACAUUUGCUUAUGAAUCCCACCGCCGAUCCACCAUUAUCACAGCCACAGCCACCGCCUCACCGUCCCUGUGACCGCCACCCUGAAGAGAGUUUCACCACCUUUUGUCCCUCAUGCCUUUGCGAACGUCUCGCUUUUCUUCAACCAGCUUCCACUUCUUCUUCUUCUGGGAAACCACCCAUUGCCCCCAGCACCACCACCGCCGCCGCAUUUAAAGCCAUUUUCAAACCUCCCGGUGGAAACGGUAGCCGAUCCAGUUUUCUCCCUGAGCUCCGCCGUACAAAGUCGUUCUCGGCGUCUAAAAACGAAGGUACCAACUUGGGAUUUGAACCUCAAAGGAAAUCCUGCUCACUGUUUUCUCAAGAAAUAAGUGAUUUAGGUUCAUCUUCCAUUAAAACUCCUACUGAAAACGACGACGUACAGAUCGUUGAAGAAGAAGAACAGUUGAAAGCCAUGAAAGAUCAUAUGGAUCUUGAUUCACAAACAAAGAAGAAAACUACUUUCUGGUCAACUGCUUCAGUUUUCAGCAAGAAACUUCAACAAUGGAGACAAAAACAAAAGCUUAAAAAGCCCAAAAAUGGUGAUAAUGGGUCAGUUAGAUUGCCAUUAGAGAACCCAUUAGGAAGAAGAUCUUGUGAUAUAGCUCCACCAAGGUUUUCAUUUGAUGAUUCAAGGUUUUCAUUUGAUGAACCAAGAGCUUCAUGGGAUGGGUAUUUAAUGGGAAGAACAACAACACCAUUCCCAAAAGUACCCAUAGCCACAAUGGUUGAAGAUCAUCCAUUAACAAUGGAUUCCAUUAAUGGUGAGUCUUUACCGGGUGGAUCAGCUCAAACAAGGGAUUAUUAUUCAGAUUCUAGAAGAAGAAAAAGUCUUGAUAGAUCCAAUUCUAUAAGAAAAACAGCUGCAGCUGUUGUAGCUGAGAUUGAUGAAUUGAAAUCAAUUUCCACCGCUAAGGUUUCUCCGGCCAUUGUCGAUUCGAACUCCAACUCAAACUCGGAAACUUUCGAGAUUAGCAGUUUUAAAGACAAUGCUUCCAUUAUCAUGAACGGGGAUCGUACUAAAAAAUCAAAGAAAUGGAGUACCAAAGCUUGGAACAUUUUGGGGUUCAUUCAUAGGAAGAAUGUUAACAAAAAUGAAGAUGAAGAUAACUAUAGUAGAGCUAGUGGUGUCGAAAGAUCGUAUUCGUAUUCGGAAUCGGUGUCGGAGCCGAGGUUGGGUUUUAAUCCGAAGCUUAUGAGGAGUAGUAGCAGUGUAAGUUGGCGGAAUUUGAGCAGGUUUGGUGUGGAGUCGAAUGGACGGUUAAUGUUCGACACGAUGAGUGGCGGCGUCGGCAGUGGCCGGAAAGGUGGAUCGGGGAAAUGCAGGGGUAACCAUGCACAUCCUGUUCCAAAAAGGUUGUACUGAAUUUGAGAUUCAUAUGUAUGUUGUUUAAUUUUGCAUUUGAACAUUCAUAUAAUGUUGUUAGUUUUAUGAAAUGGAUUAUACGUAUAAUAAUUUGGUAUGGGUCUCAUGUUAGCUUCGGCAUCAUUUUACUGCAAAUUUUAUGGAAUUCAAUAAUUUCUUUAAUUUGUUUUCCGUAA